UCAACAACAACAACAACAACACCACAUACAACAACAACAACAUACAAAAAUCCCCACUCAAUAGUCAUCUAGUUUGGCCACUGCCAGUGUCCACGAUGAGCUGGGCAAUCUGCUUUGGCAGCAGGAGGCCAGCGAAUUCAUUGAGCAACCAUUCCCCUGCUUGGCAGCAGCACAGCGCUGUCCCCUGCCGCCCCUGCGCCACUGUCACGCCCACGCCCAUCCACGCGCCAGCAGCGUUGGCAGCGGCGAAUUAUUAUCAACACAGCAGCGUCAUCAGCGUGACCUCUUCAGCGGUGAUCUUGGCAUACCACAAAUAAACACACACGUCGGCAGCGUUGUGCACAACUUCGAAACGCUGGCGUUGCAGCGACGCCUCGCCGAGGCCGAGCAGGAGCGUGAUCGCGAGCAGAGUAAGUAUGAGAUGCGCUCAAGCAGCAGCCAUAAGAACAGCAACAGCAAUAGUAACAGCAACAGCAACAGCAACAAAUACAAUCAAGUGAAGCGUAGAUCGCAGGAGCUGCGUCUGCGUUUGCAGCAUAUGCAACGCCAGAAGCAACAGUUGCAAUUGCAGGCACAACACUCACAAUUAAAUCACCCUCAUCAUCAGCAAGAACACUGCAUCUUAAAUGCACCCGCACCCGCAAACUCAAUUGGCAAGCUAAGCAACAGUUGCAGCACCCAAAGUCUGGCCAUACAAUUGGCCAGCUUGCCACCGUCACGUCCAGCUGCUGCGGCACACUCGACGGAGCGGCUACCAUAUGGCAGCAUUGCAGAGGAUUAUCGCAAGAAUCUGUUUGGUACACUCAAGCCGCGACGACGACAGCAAUCGAGCGCUGAGGAGCUACAGGAUGAAUCGUUUAUUGUAAAUGCGGCCUUUGACGAGAUAUUUGCGCGCUACGAUGAUGAUGGCGACGAGGAGGGGGAGGAGCUGACGGAGGAACAGGGUCAGACACCGCUCAGUUAUACAAACACCAACACCGAUGACAUAUUCGAUGAUGAGCACAUGCUGGUUAGCCUCAGCGAACUGGACGACGAUGUGUUCGCGAGUCGCGCCCAAACGGGAACCAGCACACCCACAACUGCCACAGCUGGACGCACACCGAAGCACAGCCAGUCGUUGCAGAAGUACCCGGCACCAGCACCACCGCUACAACAACGCUCGAGCACGCUGACCAAUCUCUUUGAGCGGUUGAAAGGCAACCCAUCCACAACACCGACAGCAGCAAGGCACACUCUAAGCAAAACCCACUCGGAGCAGCAACUGCCGGCAGGAGCUGUAGCAACAGCGGCUACCGCCACAAAGCUGCACAAAUAUGCCGCACAGCCGCAACUCAACACGAAGCCAGAUUUUAAUCGUGGCUCCACGCUCAGUCAAUCGUUUGUGCGGCAAUUGAAACGUGUCUCCUAUAAGCAGAAGAAGCGAGCACCACCCGCACCACCGCUCAAGCCACGCUCGAAUGUGGCACAUGUGACUCCGCUGCGCAAUGCUCUCAUCUUCCCCAAGCGCUCCAAGUCAUCCAAUGAGCUGCUGCUCGAUGAUCUCAAUGUGCAGGCGCGUAAGUAUUUUCGACGAUCGGAGCAUAGCGCAGCGGUUUAGUGAGGAUUCUGGCGGACACCCCACUUUGUGCUCACCCCACC